GCCCCCGACGAUAGCUAUUGGGGCAUUUUUUCUAGCUGAGGUGUGGCUUCAUAUAAAAGGAAGGAAGAGCCAGCUCACUGCUGUGUCUGUGGAGCUGCACUCCAGCACACGUUUCAGGGUUUGGAUCUGGAAUUUUGAGAUGUUCGGGAAUAAUGGAGGAAACCAGUAUCCCACUGGCUUUAAUCCUCAGCCAAUGCCAGGAGGAUACAAUCCUCAAUAUCCACCAGGCACUGCCCAACCCCAACCCUGCCCUGCUCAGCCUAGUGUUCCGCCUGCGUGCUAUCCUGUAGCCCCACCUUCUGGAGGGUAUGAACCAAGCUGUUGUUCUGAUGGGCACGGACAUGGUCAUGAUCAUGGUCAUGGGCACGGACAUGGUCAUGAUCAUGGCCAUGGGCACGGACACGGACACGGUCAUGAUCAUGGUCAUGGUCACGGGCACGGACAUGGUCAUGAUCAUGGUCACGGACACGGACAUGAUCAUGGUCAUGGUCACGGGCACGGACAUGGUCAUGAUCAUGGUCACGGACACGGACAUGAUCAUGGUCAUGGACACGGGCACGGACAUGAUCAUGAUCAUGGUCAUGGACACGGGCACGGACAUGAUCAUGAACAUGGUCAUGGACACGGGCACGGACAUGAUCAUGAACAUGGUCAUGGACACGGGCACGGACAUGAUCAUGGUCAUGGUCAUGGUCAUGGUCAUGGUCAUGAUCAUGGUCAUGGGCAUGGACAUGGGCGUGGACGUGGACGUGGACGUGGUCAUGGUCAUGGGCACGGGCACGGGCACGGGCACGGGCAGAACGAGUAUGGUUAUGGCCGCAGACACAAGAAUGGUCACAUGCAUAACCAAUGCCACAAGAAAGGAAAGAAGUGUCACGGGUCUUCCAGCAGCUCUUGCAGCAGCAGCAGUGACUCUGACUAGAUGAAGGGUCCUGGAUGGGAAAAGAAAGAAGACAAGUAACCACCUACAAACCUUAGACCAGAAUCACGUAUAACCGGAAAAACUUCUCAUGUAUGUUCUCGUCCCAAAAAAAUGUAUACAAGCUUUUGUCAAAACGGACUGUUUUCAUUCACUGAUUGUAUGGCUUUAUAUCAAAUACUAGGUUAAUAAAGUUUAAAGUGAAAACAAA